AUGUCGAACAAGAAGAGCGAGGAUCUAGAGAUGAAUGGGAUGGAUGGGAAGGAGUUUGGUGAGCAGGAGAGUUUCCUGCUGAAGCCUGCGCCCCAUGACUGGGCUCCCGUCGAUAGCAGCAUGGGUAGCGCUCUCUCCCAACUCAAGAACACUCCUGGUGCUGCUGUCCUUGCCUACUGCUUCUCCUCGAUUAGUAUGACGGUCGUGAACAAGUAUGUCGUUUCAGGUUCGUCCUGGAAUUUGAACUUCCUUUAUCUGGCCAUUCAGGCUGUUCUUUGCACGGCUGCAAUUCUGGUCUUGAAGCGAGCGGGUUUUAUCACUGACCUCGCUGCCUUGGAAAGCGGCAAGGUCAAGAGAUGGUUCCCCGUGUCUGUGUUCUUCGUUGGCAUGAUCUACACCAGCACCAAGUCUCUUCAAUUUCUAUCGGUACCCGUGUACACUAUCUUCAAGAACUUGACCAUCAUCGUCAUCGCCUAUGGCGAGGUCCUGUGGUUUGGCGGCAGCCUCACCCCGCUGCUUCUGCUGUCGUUCGGCUUCAUGGUGCUCAGCUCCGUCGUAGCUGCGUGGGCUGAUAUCCAGGCUGCCCUCAAUGGCACUGGGCACUCAGGGGAGACUGCCGCCGCUAUCUCAAACUUGAACGCUGGGUAUGCGUGGAUGGGGCUCAACGUUGUCUGUACUGCCUCAUACGUCUUGGGCACGCGCAAGUUCAUCACUUCGCUGAACUUCAAGGACUGGGACACUAUGUUCUAUAACAACUUGCUCUCCCUCCCCAUCAUGAUUAUCUGCUCCCUGGUAACCGAGGACUGGUCCUCGGCCAACCUGGCCAAGAAUUUCCCUGCCGAGUCGCGCUACAGCCUCUUGAUUGGCAUGCUCUACUCGGGCCUGGGUGCCAUCUUUAUCUCGUACUCGUCUGCCUGGUGCAUUCGAAAGACUUCGUCGACUACGUACUCGUUCGUCGGUUAUCUGAACAAGCUCCCGCUCGCCAUCAGCGGCAUCGUCUUUUUCGAUGCUCCCAUCACCUUUAGUAGCGUCUCGGCUAUCCUCCUGGGAUUCUUCAGCGGCCUUAUCUACGGUUAUGGCAAGAUGAAGCAGAAGGAACAGAAGAAUCAGGUCCUCCCCACCGCCCGACCGGCCAUGAGCGCCAGUUCUCAGAGCCAGAAGGAUGCAUCGAACUCAUAA